AUGCCUCCUCCGGUCAUCUCUUCGGGCAUCUACUCUGGCCUACCCCAAAUAACUGCCUUCCCUUCGCUAUCAACCCUCACAACGAGCACCAUUAUUGGCGUGACAACAAAUGUGGCUACAACUACUCGAGGCCAAGAUGGAAAGGAAACACCCAUAAUUGUUCUAUUCCCAUGCCUGAUAUUCUGUGGCGGGGGACAGGAGUACGAAAUCAUUUUCAAUAUUGGUCCUGCGCCUGGAGUAUACUAUCCGCCGGGCAUACCGCCUAUUGUUAUAGGCCCGAAUGGUGUUCCGACACCGAAUCCGCCGGGGACGCCGCCUAAGCCUACUGGGAAUCCGAGUGAUCCAAAUGAUCCGAGUGAUCCAAACGAUCCAAACGAUCCAAACGAUCCGAAUGAUCCAAACGAUCCAAAUGAUCCAAAUGAUCCAAAUGAUCCAAACGAUCCAAACGAUCCAAACGAUCCGAAUGAUCCGAAUGAUCCAAAUGAUCCAAAUGAUCCAAAUGAUCCAAAUGAAACCUCCAAGCCAUCCUCCGGAAAUCCCUCCCGAACUACAUCCUUCUCUUCCUCUUCCACUUCCUCAUCGUCAAGUUCGUGUUCCGUACGAACGGCGAGCGCAUGCAAUACCUUUUGCGCCGGCGGGAGUUGUACGACAUCCUGCACCGCCGUCGCAACUGGGUGCUCAGCAACCUGCACUGGCACUGCUUGUGGCGGUUCCGGAACUCUGACGUUUGCGCCAUGGUAUACCGGAGGGCCUAAGCCAUAUGAUUGGGAAACUAUGGACGAAUAUGACGAGGAGAAAGCAGACAGCGUCGCGUCGGCGAUUGAUGCGAUGGUCUCGUCGUGGGAGUCCGAAGAUCGUGCUACUAUAGUCAGCAAGACAUCUACAGUACCGACAUCGGUACCAACGGUGAAGGUGUCAACAUCACGCAGCCGUACGAAACCGAUUAGCGUUCGGAGCUCGACUAUUAUAAAGAGCAUCACGACGCUGAUAACUUCAGUCAGCCCAUCAGCAUCGCAGUCUGCACAGGAACCAACAAGCAGUAGCGGAUUUGUGUGUCCGUCCGGCUGCACGUGCUUUGGUGAACAGGUCCUGUGCGAUGCACCGCCGGAUCCGAAUUGUCCUCUUGGGUGUGAUUGUUCGGCGGGAGUGCCACUGUGUAGUUAA